GUGAUAGGAUCAGCUGCGUUCACAUCGCCUGGAAAAAACAAAGUCCAUCUUCACUGACGUUGUCUCCGUUCGAUUGUUAGGAGAUAAGAAAUGCAGGAUAUACUCAACAAUUCCGGCCUUAUACCUAGCUCGCAAUGACCUUCUCGUGUGCUACUGCUGGCACGACACAUUUUUUAUUUUGACAAUUUGGUGCGGUGAAUGCAUUGAGGCACGCUCCUGUUGGGUUGGUUUAGUGUUCUUUGGAGAAAUGUCCGUGGCAACAGUCAGAUAAUUCAGCCACAUCCUAAUAAAGACAGACAUUCCUCAGCAAAGUGUUUAUCAGCAGCAUUACCAAUAAUCAAGACGAUAAAAUGCAGGUUUUGGUGCGGCACACUUCCUAGCAGGCAGACUGCUUGACAGCAUCCAGGAAGUGUGAAGAGCUCGGGUUCCUCCAAUUCUCCUUCUGAAGUUACUGAGAAGCGAAACAUUUCACAUCCUGCUCAGUGUUCCUCUGAGGCCGUGUUAAGCUGUCGCGGCCACAGUAAAGCGAGUAAAAGACUAAGUUGCUGCGAUAUUAAACCGACACCGUAUGGACGUAAACAGACGGGAUGAGUUCAUUGUGAAAGUUCAGUGUGAAGCACGCUGUAACCGACAUCCUCAAAAGGAGGGAAGGUAGGCACACUCAGCUAGAGCUUCAGCUGCAUUGAUGGAGCGGUUCCACUGGUUGCAGCAUCGCUGUCAACAACUGCUGGCAGGAGACUCUGGGCAUGGCUGGUACUCUGCGCCUGAUGGACUUCCAAACAAAAGCUCCCUGGACACCCACAACUCCCAGCACAGAUUCAGAGAGAAGCGGAGAACGGUGUUCGCCUGCCAUGGACCCCACCAACAAGAAUUCAAAGCUUUAUCCAAAAACUACAAAGGAAAUGCAAUUCGCACUACUAAAUACAGCUUGCUGACUUUCAUCCCCAUGAACCUGUUCCAGCAGUUUCACAGGGCUGCCAACCUCUAUUUCCUUUUCCUGGCAUUGCUAAACUGGGUGCCAGUUGUUGAAGCAUUUCAGAAGGAAAUUACUAUGAUUCCUUUGCUGGUGGUUCUCACCGUUAUUGCCAUCAAAGAUGCCCUGGAAGACUACAGGCGGCACUUGUUCGACAAAAAGGUCAACAACAGUGUUGUGCAAGUGUUCUGUGGCACACAGAAAACCUAUAUUGACAAGUGCUGGAUGGAUGUGCGAGUUGGAGACUUUGUCCGUUUGUCCUGUAAUGAAAUCAUCCCUGCUGACAUGCUGCUGCUGUAUUCCUCUGACCCUCGUGGGGUUUGUUACAUUGAAACUGCCAAUUUGGAUGGAGAAACCAACCUGAAACAGAGAGAGGUGGUUUCAGGCCUCCCUCUACAGGGAGUAGAGUUCACCCCUGAGAGCUUCUGCAGUCGCAUUGAGUGUGAAAACCCCAAGAAUGACCUCAGCAAGUUCAGAGGUUACAUAGAGCAUUCCAGUGGAGUUCGCGUCGGCCUCCAGAGCAGCAACCUCCUGCUUAGGAGCUGUACCAUUCGCAACACUGAGACUGUGAUAGGCAUUGUGGUUUAUGCUGGUCAUGAGACUAAAGCUAUGAUGAACAACAGUGGGCCGAGGUAUAAGCGUAGCCUGCUGGAGAAGCGUCUGAACACAGACAUCCUGUGGUGUGUGGCCCUCCUCAUCAUCAUGUGCCUGACUGGUGCUAUAGGUCAUGGCCUCUGGCUGAAGAACCUCAAAGACCCCAUCUUUCAGGUUGAUACGGAGACAUCUCCUGCUUUGGCUGGAUUUUAUGUGUUCUGGACUAUGAUCAUUGUGCUGCAGGUGCUGAUCCCCGUUUCUCUGUACGUGUCCAUUGAGGUUGUGAAACUGGGUCAAAUCUAUUUCAUUCACAAUGAUUUAGCCCUGUACAAUGAACAACUGGACUCCAGGAUCCAGUGUCGGGCUCUCAACAUCACUGAAGACCUGGGUCGGAUCCAGUACCUGUUCUCUGAUAAGACAGGAACAUUAACAGAGAAUAAGAUGGUGUUUCGCCGCUGCAGUAUCUAUGGGGUUGAAUAUCCUCAUGAAGAAAAUGGUCGGAGGCUGGAGGUGUAUGAGGCAGAGAAGAAUGAAGCAGCUGGUCAGUCUGUCACUCUGAGGUCAGGCCGCAGUGGGAAGUCUCUGAGCCGUCGCUCCGUUAGCUGCAACCGCAGUUCUGUGUCUCUGCACACACUCACUGAUGAGUCAGCGGAGGAGGACGAACAAGUGUUCAGUCAUGUCCAGUCCAGGACCAAUGCCUUCUGCAGCCGCAUGACAAAGGAGGUGACACCAGACCCUCAGCUGGUGAGGAAAUUGAAUUUACUUCGCUCUCCUGUGGUGCACAUGAGUGACUGCUCAUCUGAGAGCACUUCCACCCUGGAGCUUACCUACAUCGCUGACUUCUUCCUGGCUCUGGCGAUCUGUAAUAGUGUGGUAGUCUCUUCGCCUAGCCAGUCUCCACAUAAGGCGUCUGAAAUACGAAAAACUCUCAAGUCCUUGGAGGAAAUUAAGCUGAUGUUCCAGCGCUUGAACUUCUCUCCUUUCUCAGCCAUCACCUCCAACUCCUCUCCUCAGAUCAAAGACAGCCCUAAAAGCCGUGUCAGCAGGCUGUUUACACGAGGGAAAACUGUCUCCCUCGCUUUCUCUACACCCCCUAAGAACUCCAUGGACAGUUCAGAUUCAGGCCAAGAAAGUGAACAUGAAAUUGCUAGCCUUAACGAUGAGCUGGAUUCAUCUGACAGAAGGGAGAGCGAAGAUGUUGUACAGAUGGAGGAUAAUUUCUGGGACACAAAAACAAACUCUGACAUGGCUGGGCAGGAUGUGGAGAACCUGAACAGAGAAAUAGACUCUGACGAUGACACUCACAGUGAGCUGCUGUAUGAGGCGGAGAGUCCUGAUGAGGCAGCUUUGGUCCAUGCAGCUCAGGCAUAUUCUUGCACCCUGAGGGGCCGCUCUGCAGAGAGUGUGCUGGUGGAUCUGCCAGGACUCGGCUCUCUGGAUGUCCCGUUGCUACACAUUUUGCCUUUUGACUCUAACAGAAAGAGGAUGUCAGUGGUAGUCCGACACCCACUAACAGGACAGGUAGUGGUUUACACCAAGGGAGCGGACUCUGUAAUUAUGGACCUGGCUGAGACUCCUAAGGGUGCAGAGUAUGCUCAGGAGAUCUACAGUCACAUCAGAGAACAAACCCAAAAACAUCUGGAUUCCUAUGCCAGAGAAGGCCUCCGCACACUCUGCAUUGCUAAAAAGUGUCUAGAUGAGGAAGAGUAUAAUGUAUGGCUGAAGGACCAGCUGCUGGCAGAGAGGAGCAUAGAGAACAGAGAGGAGCUGCUCCUGGCGUCAGCUGAGAGAUUGGAAACCAACCUCACUCUGCUGGGUACCACAGGGAUUGUUGACAGACUGCAGGAGGAAGUCCCAGAGACCAUUGAAACACUUCAGAGGGCUGGGAUUAAAGUCUGGGUUCUCACUGGAGACAAACAGGAGACUGCCAUCAACAUCGCCUAUGCCUGCAAACUUCUCCUUGAAAAUGACCAGUUGCUGACAGCCAACUGUGGAAGCAAGAGUGCGUGUGCAGCUUUACUUGAGGAGCUCAAACUGGAAGUCCAGUGUGGUGAAGGUAGAAUUACUGACCUGACUCCAAGAGUGGACUCCUCCUCAGGCAGUGUGGCUGGAUUUAUUCUGGUCAUAGAUGGCCGGACUCUUCACUGGGCCCUGCAGGAGGAGCUGAAGAGCAGUUUUCUGGAGCUGACCUGUAGAUGCAAGGCAGUCAUUUGCUGCCGGUCCACUCCACUGCAGAAGAGCGAAGUUGUUCAGCUGAUUCGGGACGAGCUUCGUGUCAUGACCCUCGCUGUGGGUGAUGGAGCCAAUGAUGUAAGCAUGAUUCAGGUGGCAGAUGUGGGCAUUGGGAUAUCUGGUCAGGAGGGAAUGCAGGCUGUCAUGUCCAGCGAUUUCGCCAUUUCCAGGUUUAAACACCUUAGUAAGCUGCUGCUGGUUCAUGGACACUGGUGUUACUCUCGUCUUGCCAACAUGAUCCUCUACUUCAUCUACAAAAAUGUGAUGUAUGUGAACUUGCUGUUCUGGUAUCAGUUUUUCUGUGGUUUCUCUGGGAGUGUCAUGACCAACUCUUGGGUGCUCAUCUUCUUCAACCUGAUCUUCACUUCCAUUCCUCCCCUCAUCUAUGGCGUCCUUGACAAAGAUACACCUGCAGACACUCUGAUGGAGGUGCCUGAGCUCUACCAGGCUACACACACUUCAAAGGCCUAUUAUACCAGUCUGUUCUGGAUCACAGUCCUGGAUGCUUUCUACCAAAGCCUCGUUUGCUUCUUCGUGCCUUACUGUGCAUUUGCAGGAUCAGACAUUGGACAGUUGUCCUUUGGUUCGCCAAUCAAUGCCUCAGCGCUCCUCAUCAUUCUGCUGCACCAAGUCAUCGAGAGCAAAACUCUGACAUGGAUUCAUAUACUCGUGUUGGUGCUCAGCGCUGGUUCCUACUUUGGCUUUGUGCUGCUCUUUAGUGUGUUCUGUGUGACGUGCAAUCCCCCUACCAACCCACUGGGAGUAGAAACACUCCAGAUGUCCCAGCCUCUCUUCUACAUCAUAUGUACCCUCACUACUGUGACGGCUCUGCUACCCAGGAUAUUGUUGCGAGCUCUACACAACACCUUACACCCCUCUGCUGCGUUGAAAUCAGAUCAGAAGGACAAAAUAUAUGCAGAAAGGUACCGCAGGAGAAUGCACUCCUGGACCCGAAGCAAUUCAAGAGGCAGCAGACUGUCGGUGUGUGCUGACAAUCCUGGCCUGGAGCCCAGUGUGGCCGAAGUGGUGUCCUGACCUCCCUACAGAAACGCACACACAUAUACACACAGGCAAAGAGAUACACUCCAGACGUAUACAAGUGUAUGACCUGGUCAGGGAGAGAAAGACCUGAGGGUUAAGAAAAUUACUGACAUGCUGGAUUAAAUGUGUGUCGCUGGCAGAAAAGAUUUUUUUGAUACAAAAAAGGGUUCCUUUUCUGUCACACUACUCCCCAGCUUUAUAAAUUCUGCUGAAAUACUGCUGAUUUUGCUACACGUAAACAGUCAAAGAACUGUAAGAAUAAACUGCUGUGAAGAAUACAAUGUUUUAACUGGACACCUAUUAUUUAUGGAAUAAAGCAGACUAAGGUGUAUCUGCUGAAAUACCUCACCGAGGAUUUUUGGAAGCAAUAGCUUUGAAACCUCAACAUCAUCUAAAGCAGUGAAUAGGACCAGUUAUUGUAAUUUCUAGCUCUAUUUUUAAUACUGUGACUCCUGAAAAGUAACUGUGAAUGAGUCACAGUUCAAAGAAUCCUUUUAUCUUGUACUGGCCCAUUAUGCAUCCUCUAUAAUGAGGAGCUUUGACUCCUAUCUCUUUAAGGACCUAUUCUCUAAAAGCUCACCUUCUUCUCAGAGGUGAACUACAAGCCAGCACACAGUGCUCAUGAGUUGUGCUUGGGGUGGAUGACCAUGUAAAGAAAUCCAUAGUCAGCAUGAAGGAAAGGCAUAGUAGGUCCCCUUUAAAGACGUUCUAUGUAUCAUUUGAACAUUAUGGAAUCAUCCACUUUUUAAUAUUUUGACAUUAGUCCUGGUAGAGGAAACACCAGCCUCUGCCAGACUUCAGUUUGAGCAACAGUGUCUAUUGUGAUUUCCAUUGGGAACUCUGCUGGAAUGUGCACCAGCGAGGCUACAUGGACAUAGGAAGUGAAAGUGAUCAAAUCAGAUUUUGUUUCUCGUGUGGGAUUAGGUUUUCAAUCAUAACUUGUGGGAAGUGGUACGCAGUUGUCAUAGUGGUAGUGGAUUCAGGAAAAGAGACGAGUUGCCAUCUAGUCUUAUCGUGAUUAUUAUUAUUUUGGAAUUUUGCAUUGUGAAAGUAGCUAAAGAGAUUUCUUGGUGACACAAACAGGAAAGAGUUGUUGUUCUUCCAGCAGAAAUAAGGUGAGCAGGAUCAGAAUGUAAUUAUUACUCAGAUGCAUAGCGUACCAGUAUCACUUGUGUGUGUGAUCGUUGGUUAAUGUCAACUACUGUAUACCAGGUUACCUUCACUCAAUCAUGUUGUGGUGUAUUUAACUCUGGUAAUCUUUACACAAUGUGAUGAUGAACAAAGACAAUUGUAUGCUGCUUGGAAUGUGUUUACAGACCUGUAAGCUGUGGGUGGUGUGCAAAGACAGAUCAUACCAUGAGUGGCCCGUUUUUGUUUACCUGCUCAGCUGCUGUCUUUGUAGUGGUAGUAGCAGCUUGGGUAAAUGAAGGAUUAAUCAGACUCAUACUGACUUAAGUUUAUUUUUACACUAUAUUGCUGUGGCCAACAUUCAACAUGGGACUCAACAAGCAUCUAUACGAGAAAGAUCUAGAACAAAAACUGACGCCGAGGUGCUUCUCAAGGUAGAUCAAUGCAUCUGUAUGAGUCAUAGUUCAUUUGCAGGCCUCCACCAACAUGAAUUUACAUAGACCAGCUUUAAUCGAAAUUGAAAGGUAAUUCUGUUCAGCAACCCCCAUUUGUAGUAUUUCAAGGUCAUUGUUUUUAUAUUACUAAUGUUUGAUGCCUGGAAUUAUAACGCAUACAUUUUUUUUAAAACAACAGCAUGGUUUCAAAGGGUUUACAGGGAGCCACCAGUAUCACUUGGUGUAUUUUGGUAUUUGAAGAGUUCAGACUGCAAUGCCUUGCAUGAUAGUCCAUACACCACCAAUGUGUGUGUGCAUCAAGGUGGAAAAGCACUCUGUUAGUGCAGAACAUUUGAUAAAGUAAUAUUUUUUUAUUUUUGUAAUAAUUCUGUUCAUACUUGUGUUUUUAUUAUUGUUAAUGAAAUUUAAACUUUAAGUUUCCACUUCUUUUCCUUUCACUGCUAUCCAGACAGCAAAUGUGUUCAUAUCCAAUAUUCUGCUUGUCAUAGACAAUUAUAUCCAAGUGAUCAAGGGCGUAGGUUUGCAUAGGGACGGUAGGGACAUAACACUACCAACUUUUCAAGAGGGUCAAAUUGUCCCCACCAACUUUUAAGCAACCUUAUUUGCAUUUUAUAAUGAGUUCAGUUAUAUAGGUAAUUUUGAUUGUCUUCAUCUAUGUUGUAAGGAUAGAAUUGACCCUACCAUUAUUAAGUGAAUUAUUUUCAUUAUAUUCAGACCAGGUUCAGACUUACAUUUACCCCUUUUCACUUGCUGAAUGUGUCGGUCCAAUCACACGUGCGUUUGAUUGGCUGAUGACUUGACCCCCACCCCGCCACCCACACGGACACUCACACAGCCCCGACAGAAAUACACAAGAAAUAAACAUGCCGCCUUCUCCGCCCCUUCGAAGAGGAGGGAUAUUAGAAGUUUUUUUUCGGCCAGCAGCAGCAGCAGACGACACUGUAAGUAAUGUAAAAAGACGUCAAUGUUGUGGACGUGGGGAACACACCACUAAUGUUGCUACUGAAAGUCCGACCUGCAUCAGAGUUAGCAUAACAUUAAACUGUGUGAACUUGCUAACCUGCAAAACUCGAGUAGGAAGCUGCUUAGAGAGAAUUGUCCUCCUGUAUGUGUUUUCUACUGUUAACGUUAAUUAAACUGUGAGAAAUGUAGUGAACUCUGCUGGAAAAUAUAGAACCAGAAAAACGUGAGCAAGAAGCUGCUUAGAGAGAGAGGUCCCAGUCUGUGUUUCACAGGAAAGUGUUGACAGUAAAAAACAAAAAAACAAAACAAAACACAUGCUGCUGCUUUUCUUCUUGUAAACGGCCUGGUUUAGAAGGAAAGAAGGCUAGAGCAUGUUGUGACUUUACACUUUUGAAACCAAAUACCUAUUAGUGCAUUAAUUAAAAUCUAUUUAAGUACUAUCACCUGAACCAAUACACAUGAAAGUUAGUAUAAGUCAAUACAGAUUUAUUUUGCAUUGAUCAUUUAGCUUAUCAAUUAAUUAGGUUCAUAUUCGUGAGAAAUGUAGCCCUGACCCCUGUUCACCCAAUCUGUUUGGUCUUAUUAAUGUCCCGUCCCCAGCAAAAAGUGUACAUGCAGGUUAUGCUGUUAUAUCGUCCCUACCAAUGUUGAGACCAAACCUACGCCCUUGCAAGUGAUAUGUUCAUCGGGGAUUUUUGUGUUAAAUGCCAUAAGUUUUGCAAUAAUGUUUGUAACAGUAUCAUCUUGGUUUGUGAAUAGGACAGCCAAAUUAAACAAAAAAAAAUAGUCGUUUGGUCCUGAUCAGCCCUAUAAAUCAAAUUUUAUUUUGUUUUCACUGAUACAGGAUGGGAGAAGAAACGUUGUGCUGCCAGGUGUCCCAACUGUCUCAAUGUACAUCACAUUUUGACCUUUUUACUUCUUAAAAGCCUUACAGAUUAAACUGUAGUGACUGAUGACAAUUUCUGUACCAUAUAAUAAUUCAGUUGUUUCAAUGAAUAUGACUGAACUGUUUCAGGUAUUGCAAUAAAGAGAAUGUUGUUCAGA